AGGCCCCUGCGCAUGCGCAGUGUUAUGUAAACGCAGGGUGGGAAAUUUCGUUGCAUACGUGAACAGUUUUCCAGCAAAAUAUGUACUUUUUCAUCAUGAUUCGCGGGCCUUACGGCGUGUAAAAGCGACUCAGCGUCCUACUUACCCCCCGUCCGCCCUUACGUCUCUGUAACAAAGGAGUUGAGACUGAACCAAGAUCGCCUCUGCUGGUUGCAGCCAUGAAGAUUGCAGUGGAGGGCUGUUGCCAUGGCGAGCUGGACAAGAUCUACGAGACCAUCGCCUACCUGGAGAAGAAGGAAGGCGUCAAAGUGGACCUGCUGCUUUGCUGCGGUGACUUCCAAGCUGUGCGCAAUGAAGGCGACCUCAAGUGCAUGGCGGUUCCUGCCAAAUAUCGAACCAUGCAAACCUUUUACAAGUACUAUUCUGGUGAAAAGAAGGCUCCAAUUCUUACCAUUUUCAUCGGCGGUAACCACGAGGCCUCCAAUCACCUGCAGGAGCUUUCUUAUGGAGGCUGGGUAGCUCCCAAUAUAUAUUAUUUGGGUUACGCUGGGGUCGUUCGCUACAAAGGGAUCCGAAUUGGCGGCAUUUCUGGCAUUUUCAAGUCACAUGACUACCGAAGAGGUCACUAUGAAUUCCCGCCGUACAACCCCGAAACCCUGAGAAGUGUCUAUCAUGUGCGAAAUAUUGAGGUGUUUAAACUAAAGCAGAUCCGGAUGCCUGUCGACAUUUUCCUGAGCCACGACUGGCCUCGGGGUAUCUAUCAUCACGGGCCCACAGAGGAGCUGCUGCGGAAGAAGAAGUUUCUGCGGCAAGAAGUAGAGUCGAACUCUCUUGGGAGUCCCGCCGCUGCCGAGCUCCUGGAACACCUCCAGCCUAACUACUGGUUUUCGGCGCAUCUUCACGUCAAAUUCGCUGCUCUGAAGCAGCAUCCUCCUAAAUCCAACGCUGCCCCGCGAGUCACCAAAUUCCUGUCGCUGGAUAAAUGUCUGCCCUAUCGGGAAUUCUUGCAGAUCGUGGACAUACCGGAAAGGGCUGGUUCAUCAGACGAUCUGGAAUACGACCCCGAGUGGCUCGCCAUCCUGAAGGCCACCAAUGAUCUGCAGAGGACCACCCCUCAUCCCUGGAACCCUCCAGAGAAUAACGGCCUGCAUGAACGUUGGGACUUUACGGUUCCUGAAGAUGCACUGCUGAAGGUGGUGGAGCAGCUCAAUGGCGAGCUCGCUAUCCCGGCCAACUUCAGUCGCACCGUGUCGCCCUACGACCCAAGUAGCCCCCAGUACCACGUCGCACCCAGCUACCGCGCCAACCCCCAGACCACAGAACUAUGCGCCACCCUGGGCCUUACGGACCUCUAUACCAAAGCGGGCCAGGCCGCCGACACAAGCAGGACUCAGGACGGCCGCAUCGAGGAGGAAGACGACACUCAGAGCGGUGACGAGCCCAGCGAGUACCCAACUGACAAUUUGGGAACGUCCCAUUCCUUCAAUCCUGAUGAGAUCACCAUAGAGGACGAGUGGGAGGAAGAGGAAGGUGAGGAAGAGUCCAAAAGCAGCACUGAUCCAAAACCGCGCGGGGGGGACACCCACACACCUGCUGGCUUGGUCCUGCCCCCGCCCAAAUCCCAAGUGUCGCCCAUUACCAUGUUGCCCCUCAUGGACCUGCCUCCCCCUUGCCACUCCACACCAGCCAUCCCUCGUCUUCCUCCAGAUGACACGGGGGUGGAGGGUGAGCGCUUCCUCAAACGGACCAGCGAUGAUGGUGAUACAGGAAACCGGACCAUCACACCUCGUAUCAAACGCAGGAAUCAAUUAAUCUAUGCCACAGUAGAGGAUGAUUAUGAUGAAUAACUGAAAAAAACCGUUUUUUUUUUUAAAUGUAUUAUUUCCCUGACUUUUUAAUGGAGAGAAAACAAGGACAAUCAUGUUUUCCUUUUUUUAAAAACAGAUUUUAAUUUUUUUAAUUGUUAGAAUUUCUUAUUUUUUCUAAUUGUGAUUUCAAGACAGCAGAAAUUGUCAUUGGUUGUAAAAUUAAAUUGUCCUUUCAAAAA